AUGGUAUCUAUACCUGGCAACCUACGAACCAUUGCUCAUCAAUCUAAAACGCCUGUAUUUAGGAAAGUUGUCUUUGGUUUAAUGGUUGCCAUGCCCGUGGUUGCAUUUGGCUUGGGGUGUUGGCAAGUUCAAAGAUUAAAAUGGAAAACUGAUUUAAUUGCCAAAUGCGAAAACAAUCUAGCUGCACCACCGUUUGAAGAGUUGCCCGAGACAUUGAAUGUCGCUGUUAUAAAUAAUGAGUUUGACUACAGGAGAUUCAAAUGUAAGGGACACUUCAACUAUGAGCAAGAGAUGUUUCUUGGACCAAGAAUGAAAGAUGGCGCAGUCGGGUAUUUGCUUGUAACACCUUUUGUUAGGUCCAAUGGCGGGAAACCAAUAUUAGUCGAGCGUGGCUGGAUAAGUAAGGAUAAAGUUGUCCCAUCGACCAGAUCACUGGGAUACUUGUCUUAUUUAGCAUUGCCCAAAGGCGAAAUUGAAAUUGAGGCAUUGUUUAGAAACAUGCCACAGAAAUCCAACUUACAAUUUGAUCACGAACCUGGUGCUAAGUUGUUCAACGUUAUUGAUGUACCAGCAAUGGCUAACCAGAGUGGCUCUUUACCUGUAUAUUGUCAAAUGAUUUAUGACUUGAGUGACCACUUGGAAUACCUAAGGGGCGACAGCAAUAAUAACACAAGCAACAAGUUUUCUAACCUUUGGAAUUCAUUAUUUCCAAGCAAAUUAACUCCCGAGGCAAAGGACAUAGCAUUUAAAGCACAACAUUCAAAUGAUACAGACAAAACUCUACAGUACCAAGAAUUUGAGUUUGUUAAAGAAGGAGUACCUAUAGCAGCAAAACCAACAAUUAAAUUUUCCAAUAACCAUUUGCAAUACUUAAUAACUUGGUUCGGCGUUUCAUUUGCAAGUACUGUAUUAUUAAUUUAUUCUACGUGGAAGAGGAAGCAGUACCUGAGUGCAGAUAAGAUACUUGCCAAGAAACAAAAGGAUAUGAAGGAUCUUCUUUAUUAG